UUCCACAUUGUACUUAAAAUGAGUUUUUAAAAAUGAAAAAGAUGACUCUAUACAAUCAAUGCUAUUUAUUGUACCUCUGGGCCUACUCUUCUAAAAAUUGUAGCUUAUCAAUUUUUCUCUGUCAAGCUUGAACUAAUGUAAAUAAUUGAAAUAAUGUAAAGUUAUAUUUUCAUGUUUUUCUAGAUACAACAUGACAAGAAUACAUAAUGUAAGAGUAUUUCAACUAUGGAUAAUGUUGAUUGGAUAAUGCACAUCUCAGUUACAAAGCAGUAAUCAUAGUUUAAUAUCCAUGUAACGGUGCAUCAAUAUAUUGCUAUAUAAAUAUGUCUGUGUGCAUAUAAGUGAAAAGUGGUCAAACAAGAGUGAUGACAGCUGUCUAAAGGUUUUUUUAUUCAUUUUAUAUAAAAACUGUUAUGGAAAGACCAAAAUGUUUAUGAACUAUUCUUAUGUAAAUUUACAACUGUCCUUUACUGUACUUUUUUGUUUACAGUAUAGUACCUUAUUUUCUGCUGUGUUAAGUGGGUGUCAAACUCCAAGGAGACAUACACUUUCUACAACUUCUAUUGAAGAUAUUGGAAUUUCCAAUUUUUCAUGUGUACUAUGUCAGAAACUGCUUUUGAUUUUAUUUUUAAAUCUAACAUCGGAUGGCUUUUUCGGAGUGUUGUAAAAACUUCAAUCAUACAUAAAACAUGUUCUUACAAAAGGCAAAGAUCUUUAUUUAUUUAUUUAUUUUUACCUAAUAGUUCUUCAAACUAAUAAUAAUGAGAAAUCAAAAAAUAUAUCUAAGUGUAUUCCCAGACUUGGCUAUUUCUAUUGAACAAGGACAUCUUUGCUAAGUUUAUACAUCAACUAAGUACAAAUGGAACAGAGUAGAAAUAACUUGUUUUUUUUUUUUAGCUAAAAUGAUCAACAUUUUCAAUAUUCCAAAUCUACAAUCAUUAAGUGCUUUGCGCAUAUGUAGAAAUAUGAGUGAAUCAACUACAUUUCUUAUUUUGUGGUAGAUAUAAUGUCCUAUAUUGUGUGUUGUGAGGUCAGUUGCUUUUCUAGUCAUAUUAAAGGGCGAGAAUGGUGACUUGCUUUAAAUAUUCCACAAGGUGACACAUUUCCAGGCUCACAUACUUCAGAAAGGGUGCUCGUCUAUUGUUUUAUGGAGAGUACUAAUGAGAAACUAAAACUCUCACAGUUCUGAUUACGUCUUUUUACAAAGGUGAUCAUUUUAAUAUUUAGGCAGUCCCUUGUAGGUAUAUUAUACAAUUAUUAAGAUAUUUUAGCCCUUCAAAAUUGCACUUUAAAAUUUCUUUUAACAACUUUGUGGGUUUUAAUAUAUUCAAUGUUUAAUGGAUGAGUAUGCAAAUUCAUCUGCUUAAAUAUACAGAAAUCUUUACUUUCCACUCUGCAAAUACUCUAAAUAUGUUCGUGGUCAUGGUAGUAAAUUAAGCAAAUGUAGAGAAGUAUUAAUAAUGUAAUAACCCUACAGGAUCAUUUCAAUACAACACUUCGACAAUACCAUUAAAAUAGAACACUUAAUGAAACUAAUUAGAAUACAAUGUGUUUCUCCUCCCUUUUGUCUAUCCCCUAUCUCAUCACAUUCAAGAGUUAUGAGUCUAGUAAAUUUAAACAAAGAAAUCAAGAGUCAUCUGUAAAUUGAAAUAUGUAUCUGGGUAAACUUGUUUGCAGCUGGGUAGAAUUUUAUUAUCUAUUGCAUUUUGACACCUCUCUGAUCUGUUCUGUAAAAUGAAGUGUAAUUCAGAUAAAUAUUCUAUUUACCUCUAAUUUGACUGAAAUAAGCAGGUGUUUUGAUUGAA